AUGAAUCACCUGCAAAUAUCGACGGAUCCGACCCUACUCGGGGCGGAUCUGCUGCCGGAGUCGUUGACAACAUCGCCCUCGGUGUCGACGUUCCUGCCGGAAGAGGACGCUUCCACGUGUCUGCUGUUACCGGAAACGCCCAGUCCACCGUUGGACUUUUCGCACCCACUCACACCCAGCAUGGGAAACGCUACGGAUAACCACGUGCGGGAUUCGGUGACCGGAGACGAUGACCAGGCUGCUGAAACGAGCAGUUCUUCCGGUAGCUCCGGCAUCGGAAUGGUAGCCCCGGUUGGACCUGGAGCCGGCAAUCUGUUUAGCCACAACAACUAUCAGCAUCUGCGGAAGAAGAGUGACGUCGUGAAGGCAAGUCAGGAUGGUUCAAUGCAUCAUGCGGCUAGUUUGGGUAUCGCGGUUACGAAGGAUAUGCCCGGAUUCGUGCACUGGAACUGGCCACUGAUACGGAAGUGUACGUUUUUCGUGUUUCUCGCGGUGAUUGUCGCUAUGGUGGGAAUCGUCGUCGCCAUGAUCGCUACUCUGCCAAAGUCCUGCAAUCCACCAGCAUCCUGGUACAAGGGCUCGGUAUUUUACGAGGUGUUUCCUGCCAGCUUCCAGGACACGAACAACGAUGGGUUGGGUGACAUUCGAGGAUUGAUCGGUCGUGCGGAGUACUUCAAAACGCUCGGUAUUGGUGCGGUACGGCUGAACUCCAUCUUUCCCUCGAAGCACUACCCAGACCACUUUCAGGAGGUGACAUCCUUGCUGGAUGUCGACGAGGUGUUGGGUACGGUGGAAGACGUACAGCGACUUGCCGCAACGCUACACGAGCGUAACAUCUCGCUGGUGCUAGAUCUGCCCAUAUUCCCAUUUUUGGAGCACCUCAGUCCACCGACGAUCGAUGUCGAUCAUCUGCCGAAUCGCACCGAUGGUGAUUUGGUGACGAGCGAGUUUCUACGGCUUUCACGUUCGAUCACCAACCACGCUGAGGGCACGGUCGUUUCUGAUGUGCUGCGGUUUUGGCUCACUCGUACCGGUGUGGAUGGAUUCUACGUUAAGGGAUUGGAACACUUCGCCGAUGAUCCGUUGUUGGUGCAGAACGUGCGCGAGUGGAAGUACCUGCUUGGUCCGAAUCGCAUCCUGAUGGUGGGCCAACAGCUCGUUCAACAGCUUCCAGAGCGUUUGGUGCGUGACGUCCUCACGCAGGUGGACUUGGUUGAUGUACAUCUGGACGUAAGCAACGGAACUGACGCCAUCGCAAACACACUUCAGGACGCCAUCCACGGGCGGUUGUUGCGAGGAUGCGAUCAUCCUUGGGUUCAUUGGAGUCUCGGAAGCGUUACUGAGCGUCGGCUUGCGACAGGAAUGAGUCCAAAUGCGACACUCGCUGCGACCCUGAUGGAGCUUAGUCUGCCCGGAACACCAAGUAUCUUCUACGGUGAUGAGAUAUCGCUCGAGGAAGCGCACGACCCUAAGGGUGAGCACGUGGACACGCAACACCUGCAUCAUCUGGCCGCGAUGGUGUGGGACUCGACUCAGAAUCAGUUCGCGAGCCGUAUGGCACUUCCGUGGCUUCCACGCAGUGCGUCCGCUUCCCCACACCAUCUGGACUACGUGAUCGAGGCGAUCGCACUGCGCAAACGAUCACCUUCGAUCUACCUCAAUGCGGUCGUGAAGGAGGGCCAAAUGUUGCCCAACACGGACGUGAAGUCGAACCAGAACGAGAUCCUCGUCAUACAGCGCUGGUACCCGAGGAGGAAUUCGUUCGCGACCAUCGCCAAUUUGGGUCCGAUGCAUGUUUCGCUCGACCUGACGGCUAUGUUCUACAGUGGCGAGAUCAUCGCUGGAUCGUCGCUUAAGCAUGAGCGCGUGUACUUCGAUCGGUUCGAGAUCAACCCGCUCGAGACGAUCGUGGUUAAACUCCACAAAUAAGCGGCCUAGUCGUUUAACCGUCGCGUGGAAAUGUUUUUCGCCCAGUGACCCCAGAGAGGUCACGUCCGUUUGAAACGGAAGCCGAUUGGACUGAUUCGAUUGUGUACCUUCCGUUAUGUACGUUUUGGUGGGCUUUGCGGUGUCUAGCGCUUUUUUAUCCCUGUCUCCCUGGAUCCCGUUCAUCUCGUUGCUAGAAGUCAUCGUUUGUGUCAUCGGUAGUAGUAGAACAAGAAAAAAAAACACAAAACCAGUUGAAUUGUAUUGUUUCAUUAGAUCUCUAGAUUUUAUUUUCAUUUGCUGGUUGCCUACCUAAACAUAAACGUACUAUUCAUAAUUAAUAUUAUAAAUGGGAGUUUGUUAAUAAAAAAACAAACGGAUAGUUUGAAAC